AAAAUGUCAGCCCCUUUUCGUAACCAAAUUCGGUUGUUGGCUGAAGAAGCCGAUGAUAUCCUAAAUAAUCAAAAAUCAUUUGCCCUCCCUGUCCAAACUGGAAGCAUUUCUCAAUAUCAUACCCAAAUUCGCACCCUAAUUAAUUCAUUAGAUACUGAAUCACAAAAUGCAACAGAAAUUUACAACGAUAUCAAUCGCCAAAAUGAUCUUUGGAUGGGUGUCAGAACGUCAAUGACGGGAGCCGAACGAAUAGCAGAUAAUCCCAUAUAUGAUGAAUUUGUACAAGAUGUGCCCUACCCAACUACAAUCCGUAAUUUAAAGAAAUAUAUUAACAAACUACGCACAGAAAAGGCAACUUUAUCUGAAAACCUUCCCGACCCUUCCAAAUCCACUGAUACUUUAUUUCAUCUACCCAAACUAUCACUUCCCAAAUUUAGUGGGAAAUGUAUCGAAUUCACCUCCUUUUGGAACUCAUUUCGCGCUGGGGUCCAUGAUAUUCCAAAUCUUUCAGACGCUGUUAAAUUUAAUUACCUCAAGGAAUGUCUGGAUGGACCGGCACUUUUAUUAAUAAAAUCCCUUCCAUUAACUGAUGCUUCUUAUCACGAGGCAAUUCGACUUUUACGGGAAAAUUAUGGAAAUGCCAAUGAAAUUAACAGAACCCUUCUGCAUUCAAUACGUAAAUUGCCCAUAGUUCAUUCAAAUAAUGGCCCCGAAACCCUUUGUAUGGAACUACGAGCUUUCGUAGACCAAUUAGAACUAUUAUAUUUACAAAUGCUUGAACAAGAAUUUGACAUAAAUACCCUUUCCGUGCAAAUGGAGUUAGAAUCAAAACUCCCUCCCCUUAUUUUGGAAGAAAUUUUUAAGGCUAAGGAUGAAUAUGGAGAUGAAUGGCAGACUGAUCAACUUAGGACAACACUAAAACAAAUAUUGAAGCGCAAAGAAGGCAUAAAAUCAUUAAAGGAUCAAAAGAAAGAAUUGAAUAUACCAGAAGCAACACGUUUUUCACCCAGAUCCCCACGAAAUAAUUGGACUAAUGAAAGUUCUCCGCCUCACACACCUAACUCCUCUUUAACAUUUUUUACUACUCGUAAUAAUUUGCCAACGUCCAGAUCAAGAUUUCCAUGCGUAUUUUGUAACCAAUUCUCCCACCUUUCAAACGCAUGUACACAAUAUCCAAACCUACAAACACGUACAUCCCGUUUGCGAGAAAAGGGACUGUGUUUUAAAUGUUUUAAAAAUAACCACCAAUCAAUGAACUGUCCCCGUCCUAUUAAAUGUACCUUUUGUCAAAACAAUCACCCAAGAGCUAUUUGCAGAGCUCUAUUUAAUUCACCCCAAAAUAACACAAACGCUUUUAACAAUUCACGGUACAAUACCAAUAAUUCAAAUCGUACUAAUUUACAAUUUCCUUAUCAAACCAAUUAUUCACAACCCCAACCUUCACAAAUACCAUCACUAUUUGCUAGCACAUCUUCACAAAAUUUUAAUGAAUUUCCCGCAAGUCAGAAUCAUUCAAAAUAUAAAAAUGAACAACAGCCAUCGCCAAACCCAGAAACAAAAACUAUUGGCCCCGCCCAAAUAAAUACUUCAUCACGGUAUGUUUACCCUCGAAAACCAAAUUCAAGCCCACCGAUACUGCUUAAAUGUAUUAGAGUAGAGUUCUUCAAUCCGACUUACCCGUCGAAACGUAGUACAGGCUUUUUAAUGUUAGAUGAUGCUAGUACCCACUCCUACAUACAAAAGUCCGAAGCAAUUUCAUUAGGACUAAAUAUGAAACCCACUACAGUUAAUUUAGGAGUAUUCAGCAAUCCCUCAUGUCAAACGACCACCACCUUCUCUACUGAAUUUGGCUUAAAACUUAUAGACGGCCGAUCCAUUUACAUUAAUGCUUGUACAAUUAAUCAUUUAACACAACCCACAAAAUAUAUUCCCCCAUUUUUUGAGAUAAUAAAUAGCACUUCCGAAUUUUUGCCUCCCGCCGAAAUAAUAUACCCAGUAAUAUUAUUAGGAAGUGAUUACUAUUAUGAUCUUGAACCCACCCCAAUAAAAAAGCUUCCAUCGGGAUAUACUUUAGUUAGCACUCUUCUUGGCCCUAUUGUGGCCGGUAAACCGUACUCACCUAGUAAUAGUCUAAUCCACAAUACUAAUUUUUGCUCCCAAAUCGAUGAUCAAAUACAACAAUUUCUUUCCCUAGAAGGAGUCGGUAUAAAAGAGGAUCCCGGGGAAAACUCUGAAGACAAGGUAUCAACCCAAUUCGUUAAAGACAUCAAAUUUGUUGACGGGCGUUAUGAAAUAAAGUUCCCGUUUAAAACCGAUCCAGCCCAUUUGCCAAUACCAACGAAUUUUCCUCUAUGUUACGGACGCUUGCGUUCUAACAGCUCCAAUUGGGAAUAA